UGGUGUUGGUCUAUUGCUGGCUGCGGCUUGUCAGGAAGGAGCUGGAGGGGAGAUAUGACCGGGGCUCCGGGAGAGGAGGAUGAAUGAGUGAUCCAAGGAUCCACUGAAAAUAAACCAAUGCAUUCCAAAAGCGAAGAAGACCACUCUCCUCUUCUCUUUAAAGAGAUCUGACUUGAUUGUAAUUCAGCUUCUUGAGCCCAUAUGUCACCAGCUCUUUGAGCUUUACCGUAGCUCUGAGAUUCGACUUAAGAGAUUUACCAUGCAAUUUUUGCCUGAGCUGAUGAGCGUUUAUCUGCGUCUCACUGCCAGCCGCGACCGGCAAAGCAAUGGGUGCAUUGAGGCACUUCUUUUGGGAAUUUACAAUUUGGAAAUUGCAGACAAAGAUGGAAACAAUAAGAUUUUAUCGUUUACUAUUCCUUCAUUGUCCAAGCCUUCAAUCUAUCACGAGCCCUCAUGUUUAGGAUCGAUGGCUUUGACAGAGGGAGCGUUGAGCCAACAUGAUCUGAUCAGAGUGGUUUACAGCGACCUUCACCCCCAGAGAGAAAACUUUACUGCACAGAACAGGUUUGAAAUAUUAAGUUUUCUAAUGCUGUGCUACAACUCUGCUAUAGUCUACAUGCCGCCAUCCUCUUAUCAGUCAUUAUGCAGGAUGGGCUCCAGGGUGUGUGUGAGUGGCUUUCCGCGGCAGCAUGAAAAACAAUGGGCCGAGAUGUGUGGUCGAAUUAUGCUGGAUCCUAGCUUCAUGGUGCAACUGCUCACUGGGGUGUACCAUGCCAUAUAUAAUGGAGAGUGGCAUCUUGGACAGGAAGUGCUUGAUGACAUAAUUUACCGUGCUCAGCUGGAGCUCUUCUCGCAGCCCCUAUUGGUUGCAAAUGCUAUGAAGAAUUCAUUACCAUUUGAUGCUCCAGACACGUCAAAACAGGGACAGAAGGUGCUAAAAGUUGAGGUGACACCUACCGUCCCUCGCAUUUCGCGAACUGCAAUCACCACAGCAUCAAUUAGACGGCACCGCUGGAGAAGAGAAGAUGGUUUUGACUUCACAAGCGUCUCGAAUCCAGGUUCCCCGAUCCUGAGCGUCAUCAAAGAUCUAGGGAUUUAUCGCGAGGGGGAUGUUCUUGUAUACAGGAGCCCUGAGACCAUCUCUCCGGCAACUACCAACGAGGGUCCUGAUGGUACAAUUGGAGGAGAAGACUCCAUUAAUCUUAAUGAUGCAGACGAGGGUUUUUCAUCUGGAGCCUCUGUAAGCAGUCAUCCUUUAGGAGCCAAACAAACGUCUCAGAGGAACAAUUCAAGGAAAAGCGGUAGUGUGCGUUCCAUUAAGGAAAAAGAGAUGACAACUCAAUCAAAGACUGUAGAAAACCCUUGGGAAGGCACACCGAGGAAGCAACACCUCCCACCAUUGGCCGAUGCAACACUUGAAGGGAUAGAGCUAUCACCUGUAAAGAAGCACCUUAGCCUUCCUGCUGGUGUGGUGCCAAAGGCCAAUAAUAUAAGUUUGAUCCGAACCUCCAGCACUUCAUCCAGUAAAUCAUUUGACUAUGUAAAUGGAAAUCAAGCUGGUGGCAGUGGAGGGAUAGAAGGUUCUACUAACCUCUCUGUCUGCAACACUAACAGAUUUUCAACUAUUAGCUUACAGGAAGACAAGCUAGGCCAUGGAGGAGAGGGUAAAGACCUCCUAUCUCCUGGUGCCCCAUUGACCAAACAAUCCCGGUCUCCAAGUUUCAAUAUGCAGUUAAUUUCCCAGGUGUAGUUGGCUCCCCACUCUCCUGUUUUUGCCCUCUCUUAGACAGAACUGUUUCUUUGCACUUGAACAAAAUCCGUACUGCAAUGUGAAAUAUAUUUUAGUUUUAUCUAUGUUCCUUAGUUAGAAUUCUGUGUUUUAUAGCAAGAGCAAUACAAACCUCUCCAUACUUUCCAUGUGCAAAGUAUUAAGAAAAAAAAUGCUUUUGUCAUUUCUUCCUUUUUAUUUGGGUGAUGUGCAAUCCAUUAUUAUCCUGUCAGUCCCAUUUCAACACUGUGAGUCUGCUCAGAAAAGAGGUCAGUGGAAAUAAAAAUCUUGUUUAUGGUUGUGGGAUUCUUAA